AUGUCGGCUGGAGAAGCCGAAGACUCGGAAACGAACAAGAGGGUGGACAAUGGGCCCGCUGGGUGGUCGGCUGAUCCGUGGCGCUUUGUCGCAGUCGCUCUCGUUCAUUACAUGCGACGAGAUCCCAGAACUCAUCUGGCAGCGGGAUCUGCGUCCCUGACCGGUCGCCGGCACUGCUUGGCGACGUCGAGAGGUCUUUUCCGAGGGUUUUGGCGGAGGAUGAACUCGGCCACAUGUCUCGCUGAGAUCGAUGGUCGGAGGAACCGUCAGCAAACCUUGGAUUGCAAAUUCUUUUCACAAAAAAGGGUCCAGGAAUUCUCCUCCGAAAAGUGCAGAGAAAACUUGAAAAAAGUUAGAAAUUUAUUUCAAAGUCGCCAUAACUCUGAUAAAAUUCACUUUGAAGUUUCAUCAAGUUCUUCUAUAUAGUUUACUUUUAAAAAUUAUCAUACAGAGAAGUUUUAUCGAUUUCGAAAAAUUGAAAAAGAAUUCCGUAAGCGUUGAUUUUUUAAAUGGAACUCAAUAGAUAACAAAAAUUUUUUUGAUCAUAAAGACAUUUUCUGAAAAGUUUGAAAUUUUUAUUUCAUAAUUUAGUUCGUUCUCGAACAAAAAAAGCUUGAAAUUAGAUAAGUUUUUUUAACUUGAAAAAGUAAAUUCGCCCUGUAAGUGUGAACUAUUGAGAAAAAGUUUUCUCAUUUUUUUCAGCCAUUUUGGGCUCAUUAUAGAAAAUUUUCCGUCUGGACAUCUUUUUUCGCUUUCUAACAUCCUGAAAAUCCAGCUUCUUAGGCAAUCUUAAAAAUUUUCCAACAGACUCAACUAUCAGUGAUUUUUGAGUUGAAAGGUUGGAAAAGGUCAACUCUUGGCCGACUCGGCGGCUGUUUGUGAGACGUUCUGCUUGACGCGUGAGCCUCGUGUUGUUGCCUGGCUGCCCGGCCGCUGCCUGACUGGCUUCAUCUUCUUCUUCGUCUACUGCUGCUGCUGCUCUCGGCGGCCGCCGCUGGACGAGGGACCCAACGGCCUGCAUUCUUUAUCCGUCCGUCGCAUGCCGUGCAACGCCAGGAAUCUUUGCGUUUUCGCUAUAGCUUGUUGGAAAUGAGUGGGAAGAGUAGGGACCUCUCCAUGUUAUGUUCUUGGAAUUACUUUUUUCGAAGUUAGUCUUAAAAUCAAGAAAAACUUCCUUUGGUUCCUAAAAAAUUCUGAGAGACAUCACAAAUCUCAUUCUAUCAAGCCAUAAGUGAAUAAACUAUUGAACAUGAUUGAAAAAUUUUACAGAAAGUCGAAGUAAAUGACAUUCUUAGUUUUUGUUUUUUUGUUCACUCCUCAAAAUAUUUGAAACCGUUGCAAGAUACUCAUGACCUGAAGUAAAACUGAAAAUGGGCUCUUAGCCUUGAAAUCUCUACGAAACCAGUCCUGGCUUUUUUGAAUACUAGAGCAAGGAUUUUUGAGAAAAGUAUAUAAUCAUCAAGGUACUUUAUAAAAAAUAUUAUGAUACUCCAAGCUUCAUCGAAUCUUUGAUUUCUGUUUGCGGAAGCCAAGUCGAACACGCCUGACCACUACUACUACUACUCUCAUUUUGUUGGUGAUAAGUGAAUCCGCGGAAGUGUGUGGGGCAUAAGUCGGUGGCGAGGCGAAUCGACCGGCCUCCGCAGUCUCUCUCUCGGCCAACAACCCGGGCUGCUGCUGAUGUCGCGACCGAGGUGUCCGUCGUUCGGCGCAGACAUUCCUAUCGCCUCUCUGCAUCUCUCCGCUCCCUCACCUUCUUCAUCAUCUUCUUCUUCCGUGACGACGGCGUCGUCAAAUACGACGCGGUCACAUGGACUUGUUGGGGAAAGAGAGAGAAGAAGAAGAAGAAAAAAAUCUCGGGGUUCCGCGGCGGCGCCGACUUGCAUUUGGCUGACUGACUGAAGGGUUCGAUUCGAAUCUAACUUGAUCAAUUCCACGCUUGGAAGUAGAACAUCGAUCGGGAUGAAUACACGCAGACGAAGGGAAUAAGACAAGGGGACAGAGAUUUUAGAAAAAAAAGUUCUGGCGAGAGGCAGAAAUAAAUAUGAAAAAGGAAACUAAAAAAUAAAAUCACGUUUUUUACCCAAAAAUGCGGUCCCUGCGCAUUAAAAAAAAAUUUCAAAAAGCAAACCAGAAACGAUAAAACAAUUUUCUAAAUGUUUGCCACAAAUCUGAUCAUUCAAAGUGAAGCAUCAAAGUAAAAAAAAAAUGGCUCAAUCUUGCAAAUGUCUGUAUAAUAAGUUUGAAACGUGUCUGAACGACUUCUGAAGAUAAUUCUGAUUGAAAAUAAUUUAUUCUGACUUCUGAGAAGCAACUUUGGGACAUUCAUCUUUGUUGCAUGCUUCUCCCAAUUUUUUGAGUUUUAUUCAUAUUUAUUCUCUCAGGAGUCGAUAGACGGAGAAUCCGAAGAAAAAGCCGGAGAAGAGGAGGCAAUCAUCGACCUGGCCACCGUCCUCAACGCCAUCAUCGAAUCUUCAGAUCCCAAUGCCUUUGAGGGAUUCCCAGGCUUUGAAAAUGUCCAGCCCCAACAGUCACAGUCACAGGCGGUUUGACAUACUCUUGAAACUCUGUGCAUAUUUGGAAAAUUUAGAAAAACGGGUCGAGAAAAAGGAGUUCAGCCAAUGAAGACGGCGUUCCGAGAAAACGGAAUGUAAGUUGAAAAAAAAUGUUUUUGAACAAGUUUUAAGGCUCAGGGAGCUCACGACGGCUCUGUUGAACGGCAACAUCCUCUUGGGCUCGUGGACAGUAAAGCCAAGAACAAAGUCACUUGUGCCGUACGUUUUUCUAUUCAAAGCACAAUAAAAUUUCAGAAAAUUGAAGCUUCCUACUGCAAAUACAGUCCGAAAGUUUUAAUAUUAAGAUAAGGAGUUAUUUUGGUGCUUCAGGGCCUGAUUCAUAUCAAUAAAUUGAAGAACCCUCUUUUUCUUAAACUACCAAGCUAGUUGGACAAAAUUUUCAGAGGGCAUUGUACAGUUUUGACAUUUUAGCGGCCACUGUGGCAGUCAAAUUAGUGGCCUCUUUGGCGACUAAAAUUUAGUGGCCUCUUUAGAAGUCUUUUCCAAUUUUGUGCCUUUCUGAAAUGUUCAAAGUUUUAUGAAUAUUUAACGUGAUAAUAAAUUGUAAUUCUUCAGGCGUGUCGUAUCGAAGUCUGUAAUACAGCGCGUCAACGGCACGUUUUCUUGGUACAUGUGAAAAGAGAAGAUUUAUACAGGUUCGUUACUUGUUUAAUGAUGAAUGUAGAAUGAUUUGAGAAAAUGAUGAACAAUGAGAGCAGUUUUUAUCAAUUUUCUAAAAGUCUAUUUAUUUCCUGAAAAAAAAGUUCAGUCCAUUUUGAAGCUGAAAAAGACCUUUUGCUUCAAAAUAAGCCAUCAGAAUCUCAUCUUGAGAUUUUCAAAAAUCCCGAAAAGUUGUUGUGAACCACGAAAGUUGGCCAUGUCUUAUAAUUUAUGCAACAAAUCUCAAGAGAUCCGAUUCCAGGUGUCCAGAAUGCUCAUACCAAAACUCGAACUCGAUCUGGGAGACUCGACGACAUUGCCAGGUCCAGCACGGACCUCAAGUCGAGCCGAUCAACAACGAGGAGAAGUACAAGCAUCUCAUCAUUGUUAGUUGAUAAGGUCCUGAAGAAGUUGACGACGUUCAUUUCAGCCGUGGAACCGUCGGUGUUUCCCUGACUGGAAACACAAGAAGCCGUACUCGUGGGCACCUGCUUCUGGAGACGACGACAGUCUUUCCGGCGACGCCAAAGAGGACCUCGCCGCGUCUCCCGAUGACGUCACUUCCAUGAUUCGAGUGAGAAUCCAGAAAUAUUCUAAUAAUUAAUGUUUAGAGAGGUUCAGACCCACCAACGUUAAACUAUUUUGCAAAGAAAUGAAGGAAAAUUUGGCUUCUUCAGACUUUUUAUGAAGUUUAUUUCUUCAGGACGCGAUUCUGAGCAACGAGGACAGCGCCAACAACAACAACGGCGAGGUGGACAGUGGCUGUGCGUCUCGAGACGAAGAAAACGAGACUCCGGUCACCGUCCCGACGUCCUCCAUCAGCCUCGACGAUAGGACCUGCCAGCUGUGUCUCGAGGAGAGCCGCUAUCCCGGUAUCCUCUACGAAGAACUUCUCCGGGAAAAGAACUCUUUUUAGGACGUCACAUUGCUCAGAAACACCUCGACGAGUCCCUCUAUGACUGUCCUAUCUGCAAAUUCGGGAGCUAUGAAAGUUGCUCCGUGGCUAAACACAUCCACAAGGUAAAUAAUAUGGAUGAAAAUGUGUCCAUGUAUGAAAAAAAAUAAUCGAUAAUUAGCAUUCCUUUUUUUAGAAGUUGUUGAUGAAAAAAAUGUUUUGGAUAUUUCACUCUUUUUUUAUUCAUAAAAAAAUUUUUUUGAAAGCGUCUUCAAGUUUUUAAGUAAUUUUUAUGAUCACCCAGCAACUGCAAAAUUAUGAAAACUUUGAAAAACUUAGAAAAUCCACAUACACAUCUAUUUUCUUCCAAAGAAAAAGGCAAGUUUUUUUUUUCAAGGUUCACCCCGACGAAGCCGGCGUCACUCCGAUUUCAAACCUGGAAAGACUUUCCGACGUCCUUCGCGACUUGCAGCAACGCUGCUUCCCCAACAGACCGAUGAAGCUGGUCCGAAUGAACCUGCUGUCGCGACCCCGGGAACGCCACAUCUGCAAAGUUUGCGAUGCUCAGGUUUUUUCAUGGAUCUCAGGACUCCUUUUUAAUUGUUUUAAUCUUCUAGGUAGCCCAGUCGGACCGCCAGAGACACGUCUACCAUCGACAUUUAGGAAAAGAUCGCAUCUUUGAGUGUCCUCUUUGUCCUUACGCUUCAAAUUAUGAUAUCCAUAGGUUGUUCAAUAGAUUUUUGUUCGAGUUUAUUGAUUUUUUUCAGAAUAAAAUGGCACCUGAAAUGGAUUCACAAGGAUGAGACGGGACUGGAGCCGAUUUCUCAUGAGAACAAGUAUCGGUAAGGAAUUUCCAAACAAAAAUCCGGGGCUAUCCUUUUCUCGAGAUUUUUUGGAGAUCAAAUUUGAAGCCCAUGAUUUAUUUCUCUUGUAGUGUUUCAGAACCUUUCCAGAUCUUAUGUCGGCAAAAUACAGUAUAUUUUGAAAACAAAAAUAUCAGAGCUGAAAUUCUUUUCUAACCAACUUUUCGUGGAUUGAAAAACAAUUAUAGUACUGGGUUGAAAAUCAGAAUUAUUGAGAUUAAUUGAACGAAAACUGAGAAAACUUUUGAGAUGGACUUUUUUUCAGUUUGAUGCACUAUUCUGCAUAAAUUGAAACAGUUUGAUGUUUCAAGCGACUUUUCGCGUGGCGAGGCUCCAAUUUAGGCUUAUGACUGACUGAUUCUGGAACAAAUGAUCUUUCCACUCGGAAACUUCAACAAUUCUACCUUUUCAAUAAAGUUUUUCAGUGAUGAGAUCGACAAAAGGAACGACGAGUGCUUCCCCGACUGGAAUCAUCGCGUGAAACGCUGCGACUCGCCAGUUUCUUCGGUUUCCUCUUUGGAAGGCCGCGAAGGCGACGGCACGCCUUCUUCCUCCAAAGUCAAGGUUCGGUAGAAUAUCCUGCGACCUCUUUCCUAACCCCCAAAGCACUUCAGAAGGAGGCCAGCGAGACGUCGCCAGCCGUCGGACAGCGGAUGAAUCGCGUCAGCGAAUGGACUUGCAGGGUCGGUUGGCGUCGAGAGUUUAUCCCAUGAACGGUCGGUUGCAGAUGUGCAUGAAGGAGUUCAAGCCGACGUCGAACUUCCUGCGCCACGUGGCCAAGGACCACCUCGACAUGCCGCUCUUCCAGUGCCAGUUCUGCGACGAGGGAGCCGCCGACGCUUCUGAAGUCAAGGCUCACAUGGUCAAGGUUGGUACCAACUGGAGUCGAAGGAACAUUUUACGAAAUAUCCUAUGGAGGAGUUAUUAUCAUGAAAGGAGUAAGAAGAAAUUCCGUAAAAAAAAAAUAGAAGAAGUUCUAAAUCUGAGGCCGAAGAAAUGAAAAAUGGUUUUUCGUGAUUUCCCUGAUCCUCGACAAGGAUUUAGUCUUUUUCACUUCGAAAUUUGUUCUCUUCCAUAUGAAUCAUCUUCGCAUAAAACUUUAGAAAGGAAGAAUUCGAAAUCAAUGACCUAAUAGCCUGUUUCAGGCCUUCUCUAAUUUGUGGAAAAUGACGGAAAAUCAUUUUCGGACAGUGUUUUGUCAACAAAAGAGUGAUUAAACACACUUUGAAGUUGAGAAAUACCUUAUACCAUUUGAAAUCCAGGCUCACAACGUCCAAAUUGAAUUCAAACAUGAAACCCAGUUUUUUCAAGUGAAUUUUUUUUCGAUGUAAGAUUUCGAAACGUUUGAGAUACUUCACCCUUUUUUCGAAAUUUAAAAAAAAAGGAAAAAAAAAACUUUUCAAUAGUUCGGAGUAUUUUUUUCCUAGCAUUUUUGGACGUGUCUAUGAAGAAACUCCAAUCGGACUGCUCUUCCAGGUCCACGAUGAAGCCGACGUCGAGCCGUUGUCCAACUUAGAACUCAAUCCGGAUUAUGUUCAGCAACGUUUCCAAGAAUGUUUCCCAAGUCGGAAAAUGAAGGUUUUCCCUUUCAUCAUUCUCAUUGAAAACCUUCUCUUUUGAGGCCAAUUUGGAGAAAAGAAUCGAGGCGAAUUCCGCGUCAGAAGACUUGAAAGUCACUUGUCAAGAGUGCUUUCAGGAGAUGAAAACUGAAGAUCGCCAGGUCUCUUUUUUUUAUCAGUUUUCGAAGUUUCGCAGGGCAUAAAGUUUGAUGAUAUAAAUUCAACAAAAUGAUUUCAGAUUCACGUCUAUCGGCAUCAUUUGAAAGAGCCAAAGCUAUACGAAUGUCCAUUGUGCGAUUUCUCGCAUCAUGCCUGCUCCAGCGACGUUCGAGCUCAUAUCAAGUGCGUUUCUUUAUUUGAAAAAAAAUGUUUCGUUCAUAAAGCGAUUGUAGAAUAGUCCAGUUUUUGGUAACGACCAUAAAACAGAUUUUUUUUGUUUCCUUCACACUUUUUCUGUUCGUAUUUUGAACCUUUUUACAAAAGUUCGAGGGGAUAUUUGAUAUUUUAACGUCUUGAAGACGCAAAAAAAAAAGUAUAAAAGACGCGAUUUAAAAUGUGAAAAGGCUGUAAAUUUAGAAAAAAAAACCCAAAUUCGAAGGCCUAUUCCGAAAGUCAUUUUUAUUAAAUUUUUUUGCUACCUUUUUUUCGUAUAAAUAUUUUUCUGGGUUUUGUCUAUCAAUUUUGGAAAAUUUUAGUAGCUUCGGAGUCAGUUAUAUUUGUGUUAUCACCCUUCAAUUUCCUCAUUCCAGAUAUUCUCAUCGCGAACAAGCUGAUCUGGCGCCUCGUUCAAAUCUUUUCGAGUAUUCUCAGCAAAUCGCCGACUGGAACCUGCGCUGUUUUCCGGGCUGGAUCAACAGAAAACUGCCGGCCAGCGCUAUCGAAGACUUUACGAGGUAGAAAAACCGCCAGAUGUGAACUUUUGAAGCACGUUAAAGCGCCAAUCUCUGAGAUCUGAGAAUAAAAUAUGAUCUUUUGCUCUUCAUGGAUCAGCCACCGUUAGAAUUGAUAAAUAGUGAUUAAUUAAAAGCUUAUUCAGACUACUAGGCGCCCACUUUGAGAAUUCCGUAUGCAUUUCUAUGGCGUGUUCUAAUUCAUUUUUGAAAAGUGCAAAAUAAAUUCUGAUUCUAAUAUUCAGCUAUCUUUUUCACUUCUGACGGCAAAUUUAAAUUUCCCGGAACACGUCAUCAACUCAGUUUAUCACAGUUUACCUAAUAGAAAGUCCAAAAUCUUCUUGUUUAGAUGUCGCCUGUGCGACCAAGACGUCCGUCAGACGUCUCGCCACAUCGCCGAGGAGCAUCUGAAGAUCCAGCUUCACGCCUGUCCCAGAUGUACCUAUGGAGCUCCAGAAUCUCGACUCGUUAAACGUCAUCUGAGGAACGCGCACAAUGAUUUGGUUAGUUGAAAUUAUCAACUUGAACAUGAAAAGGUUUAUCAAGUUUUAAAAUUCCUCCCUAAAAAAUUUUUAACUUUUUUCACAGUCAACUUUACUUGAUUUCCUUUCAUAAAGCUCGAAAUUUAAAACGAUGGUUUUUUUUAAUAUGUCAUUUUUUAUUGCAUAUCUAGAUAAAGCUCUUAAAAUUCCAGAAAAGCGAGCCGAUUUCAAACGUUGGCCUGAGACGCGCCGACUUCUCGGCUCUACACGACAAAUGCUUUCCAGGAAGGCCAAAACGCCUCUCGAGUAUCAUUAUUUCAGGUCCGUCACUCUUACAACUCACUUUCCUCUUGUUUUGCUCGGAAGUCAACUUUUGUCUUUCAGAAGAAGGUCGUCGGACAAAGUGCAAAAAAUGCGCGGCGACCAUCUCACGCAAACGCCGUCUGCAACACACGCUAGAGAGACACGUCAACAGGCCCUCUUUCCAGUAUGUUUCUCUUAUUUCCCCUACAACAAUUUGAAGAUGAAAGCUGAAGUUAUUAGGUCAAUAGGCAAACUUUAGAACUGGCAUUUUCUUAAACUUGUAGCUCCAAUCUUCAUGAAUGGAAGUAGAUGCUGCCACUUUUCUUACCAUUGUUGAAGUAUUUGAAAUCUGCAGAAUUCUACUAAUUUAAAUUUUUAAUCUCCCUAAAUCAGAAUUCGUCCCAUAGGACAACGCUUUCCCAACGCGAAACAUGACUUUAACACCUUGAAUCAAAAAUAAAAAACCAUAAACCAUAAACCAAACCAAUUUCAUUUUAAUAUAUUAUUUAUUUUUCAAACUAAAUUCAUUUCUCCUCCCAGUUUGUCGCAACGGUUCAAAAGAAAGGUUUUCAAUUUGCAGAUGUCCCCACUGUCCUUUCUCGCACACCUAUGACGAAGCAUCGAUCUUGACGCACAUGCGCAACGAGCACGAUGACUCUGCCGGCGAUGUUCGUUUCUCCCCUCCUUUUCCUUCCAAUACAUCAAAACUCGAAAGUAUUCCAAAAUUAUUUUCAGGCGAUUCGUCUGAUUGAUGAGUUCAUGGAGGAAGUCCGAACUACAGGAGUCGAAUGCUUCCCGGACUGGCAAAUGGAGGAGCUUGACUGA